GCAGAGGGCUCUCGUCCUUUCCCUGGUGUGAUUCCGUCCUGCGCGGCUGUUUUAGGCAGCUGUGGUGGUUUCUCUCCGUCCUCCUCUCCUACCUAAGCGCGUUCCACCACCUCAUGGAAGAUUCGAUGGACAUGGACAUGAGCCCCCUGAGGCCCCAAAACUAUCUUUUCGGUUGUGAACUAAAGGCUGACAAAGAUUAUCAUUUUAAGGUGGAUAAUGAUGAAAACGAGCACCAGUUAUCUUUAAGAACGGUCAGUUUAGGUGCUGGUGCAAAGGAUGAAUUGCACAUUGUUGAAGCAGAGGCAAUGAAUUAUGAAGGCAGCCCAAUUAAAGUAACACUGGCAACUUUGAAAAUGUCUGUACAGCCAACGGUAUCCCUUGGCGGCUUUGAAAUAACGCCACCUGUGGUCUUACGGUUGAAGUGUGGCUCAGGGCCUGUGCAUAUUAGUGGACAGCACUUAGUAGCUGUGGAGGAAGAUGCAGAAUCAGAUGAUGAAGAGGAUGAAGAUGUGAAACUCUUGAGCAUGUCAGGAAAGCGAUCUGCCCCUGCAGCUGGUAACAAGGUUCCACAGAAAAAAGUAAAACUUGCUGCUGAUGAAGAUGAUGAUGAGGAAGAUGAUGAUGAUGAUGAUGAUGAAGAUGAUGAUGAUGAUGAUUUUGAUGAUGAAGAAACUGAAGAAAAAGUUCCAGUGAAGAAAUCUGUACGAGAUACUCCAGCCAAAAAUGCACAAAAAUCAAACCAGAAUGGAAAAGACUCAAAACCAUCAACACCAAGGUCAAAAGGUCAAGAGUCUUUCAAAAAACAGGAAAAAACUCCUAAAACACCAAAAGGGCCUAGUUCUGUAGAAGACAUUAAAGCAAAAAUGCAAGCAAGUAUAGAAAAGGGUGGUUCUCUUCCCAAAGUGGAAGCCAAAUUCAUCAAUUAUGUGAAGAAUUGCUUCCGGAUGACUGACCAGGAGGCUAUUCAGGAUCUGGCAGUGGAGGAAGUCUCUUUAAAGAAAAUAGUUUAAACUGUUUGUUAAAGUUUUCCGUCUUAUUUCAUUUCUGUAACAGUUGAUAUCUGGCUGUCCUUUUUAUAAUGCAGAGUGAGAACUUUCCCUACCGUGUCUGAUACAUGUUGUCCAGGUUCUUUUGCCAAGAAUGUGUUGUCCAAGAUGCCUGUUUAGUUUUUAAAAAUGGAACUCCACCCUUUGCUUGGUUUUAAGUAUGUAUGGAAUGUUUUGAUAGGACAUAGUAGUAGCAGUGGUCAGACAAAUGGAAAUGGUGGGGAGACAAAAAGUAUACAUGUGAAAUAAACUCAGUAUUUUAAUAAAGUAGCACUGUUUCUCUUUCUAUUUACUUCUUAUCUACCCCCUUUAUAUUUUGCCAAAAAAAUAAAUGUACAGUUAAAACGAUCAAAUAAUAUCCCCAAAACCCAGUAGAAACAGUCCCUGCCCUAUCCUCCAGACACUUCUCUCCAGAGUUAAUCUGUGUAGCAGUUUUUCAUUAAUUUUAUAAAUAUAUUGGUCUUGUUUAAGAUUGAGGAUUUAGUGCUCAUACAUUCCCACCUCCUGAUAAUAAUUACAGCGAUGCAAAUAAGUUUCCAAAUACUCCAUCAGACUUUUCUGCCUGGCAUCCUCACUCGUAAAAAAAAAUGUGGCAUGUUAGUUUAGAGAGCAUUCUCUCAGCCUGGGUUCCUCAUCAGAAUCGGAACAGAAAAUUAAUUCUGUGACUAUUUCCUCAGUCACCCAAGAAUAUAGUACAGAUUGGUGGUGGUAGUAAAAUAAAUUUUACUAAAUUUUUACUAUUUUCCUAAAUAAUAUUUUAGAUCUAUGAGAGAAUUUUAUUGCAUGCAGCUUGUGAGAACAUUGAGGGGCAAAUUCUUGGAACCCCUUUUUCUGUUCUACCUUGAACUGAUUGUACAAUGAGACUUCCAACACCCUGUUGAGAUUCCCGUUCCCCUCGUUUGGGGUGUUAGUGUAUCCUAUAGUAAGUAGUUCUUUUAAAAAGUGUGUGUGGGGAAGUGUAUUCUGAGUCCUUGCGUAUCUGAAAAUGUCUCAAUUUUGAUAUAAGUCAAUGCUAGUUUCUAGGCUAAAUAUAUUACUCUGUUUCAAAUGUAUGCUUUUCCUGCCUAGACCUUUGCCUUUUUCAUGUAUUUUGUAUGUGACCUGUUUUUCUGAGUGCUGAUUAAGAUUGCUUUGUCCUUGGUGUUCAAAAGUUUUAAAAUGUGCCUUGGAAAUAAUCUUGUUCUGUGCCCUGGGUGGAUUGUGGGUGUCCAGUUCUGGGCUGUUUUCCUGGGAGAUUUAGUCUCAUUUACUCCCAUCCAUUCUUGGGUCCUUGAUUUUUGGAUGUUUUUCCUCAUUCCUUUUUGUUUUAAACGUCAAGGGAGAGAGAUGAUUUUUUUCUUUUUUCAUUUAUGUUAUAUUUUUAACCUCCAGGUGCUCUUGCUCUUCCUUGGUUUCUUAGGGAUUAAAGUCUGAAGAAACUAGUCACUUUGAAGUGGUCUUGUCAUUUCUCAUCUCAUGCAUUGUUUACUCAUUUUUCUUUCCCCCUACUGUUGUCGAUGUGAGUAGGAAUCGACUCGACGGCACUGGGUACUGGGUUGCUGUUACCUUAUUUUAAUCUUUCCGUAACUUGGGAGUGUGGUACUUGUUGAUGGGGUUUAUAGGUGCAGGCAUUUUGAUGGGAAUAUGCAGAUGUUAGCCUUUUGAUACCUGAGGCUCUCCAGAGGGGUAGCCUCAUUUUGGAGGGUGGAGAAAAGGCUUGGGUGUCUCAUCCCGGUUUCCAGAUAUGAGUGCCUCUGUUUCCUUAAUUGAUUAAUCCGUUUCCUCUUUCCAGGAUAUCCGUCCUCAUGGUCCCUGACUACGUAUUUGAGUUACAUUAAACCGUGCACUUACGACUGUCCAUUUUUUUGUACAUCUUAGUAGUAGUAUGUACUACACACAAUUUGUAGAUGUCAUAUCUGUAAGUUGGUAUCUAAUGUUUCCAACCCCCAAAGACAAAGAUCGGAUUUAUAAAGAUGCUGAUAAUAAAAGGCAAUAAAAAGAAAAAA